UCGUAAAAAAUGUUUUAGGGCAACAAAGUUUUGACGAUUUAUGUGCUCAUCUUCGCCAAAACAAAUUUUCACUGAUAGUAGAUGAGUCAACGGAUCGGACAACCACAAAACAUCUGUGCUUAGUAAUAAGAUAUUUGACGAGUAAGGGCGUCAAAGAUAAUUUUCUGGGUUUGAUACCACUUUCCGCCGCAGAUGCCAAUACUUUAUAUAAUAACAUUAUUGUUUUCUUUAAAAAAAUUGACGUAUCUUUAAAAGAUAAUUUAAUAGGAUUUGCGGCAGAUGGUGCAAAUGUUAUGAUGGGGCAGCACCUUUCUGUCAUGAGUCUCUUUAAGAAAGACAUUACCUGUUUAUACGUAAUGAAGUGCAUAUGUGAUUUGUUCCACUUAUGUGCUUCUUAUGCAUGUCAAAAAUUGCCCAGAUUUAUUGAAGAUCUGACUCGGGAUAUUUAUAAUUACUUCGCGUCUAGUUCAAAAAGAAUCAGUGAUUUUAAAGAAUUUCAAGAAUUCUAUGAAGUUAAAUUGCAUAAGAUUUUACAGCCCUCUCAAAGGAGAUGGCUGUCAGUACACUUUGUGGUACGUAGAAUUUUAGAACAAUUCGGGGCUUUGCAAUUAUUUUUCACCGAUGCGGUAAGCAAAAAAGAUCUUUUAGCAGCUGAAAAUAUAUUACAUAAAUUAAAUGAUCCGACUACAAAGUUGUUUCUUCAAUUUCUGGAUUUUGUAUUACCGUUCUUUAAUAGUUUGAACCGAGAGAUGCAAGCCGAAAGACCAAAACUUCAUUUAUUGUAUCGUAACAUUUGUAACAUUCUAAAAGCCAUUUUCGAUUGUUUUAUUAAACACCCUUUGGAGGUAAAGUCGGGUUCAAUUCCAUCUAUAUCAGAUGUAGCUAUUUUAUUUCCCAACCUAAUUGAUGAAAGCAUGCUACAACCUCUGGAUAACGAAUGGCGUCUUUUACGAAAUAAUAAUGAAAUCCUAGCCUUUCCGGAUGACGUUUUCUUAUUCUGGAAUGAAGUUACCAAAAUUGACAUUCAUCCGCAAACGUUGAAAGGGUGUUUUCCCAAAUAAAUUUCAUGAAAACAAACCAAAGAAAUAAACUAGACGCUGACACUAUUUCGGCAUUACUACACACCAAAAGUUACAUUGGUGAGAAUAACUGCCACGAUUUUAUUGUAGAAAAGAAGAUCAUACAAAGUAUGACAUCCCAUAAUUUGUAUAAAAAUACUUAAGCAGUAAAAAUAAA